GCUUUCCAGAAAAAAAAACAUGCGGUUUCCAAGCGGAAAUGUUGAAAAUCAAGCGGGAAAAUUGUCGAGUGAAUGUUCAAUAAAGUCUAGCAGUGAUUAAAUAUAAAAAAAGUAAAAAAAUCAAACAAUUUUCGUGCCACUAUUUAAGGGUUAGCAUUAGCAGAAAACCAACGUGUGCUCGCAAGCUCACAAAAAGUGCUAAAAAUAUAAAGAGUGUCCAAAAAGCGAACUGAGAGGAAUAAUUAUUUGGUUGUUUUCCAUCUUUCUGCCGACAAUAUUGUGGUGGUGCUUCACAGAUUGGGAUCUAAGACAAGAUGUAAAGGCCGGCUAUGGCAGGGCCCCAAGCCCAUGCCGAGGCAGAACGCCGCGUCAGAACUAGAAGGGCGAUUGGCGGCGCAACAUGAACACCAGCAGCGUGAUCUACAGCAGCUACGUGGAGCGUUCGCGCAUCGACCUACAGGUGGAGGAGGCCAAUUUGUAUGUGGCCCGUGCCCUGCGGUAUGUCAUCGAGAACGUGCUGGCCCAGCUGAGUGCCACGCUGGUGGUGACGAUUUCCACGCGUCAUGAGGGUACUGCCCGCUGGUUCGAGUAUGUGAUGAACACACUCGUUUAUUCGUGGCGUGUGGCAGCAGUGCAGCUGCUGCGAUUCAGCACGGAUUUUGAGCGGGUGCGCGUGCCCGGAAGGAAGCGUUUCAAUCUGAUGUUGGUGGACUCCUACGAGGGGCUGGUUAACUCAAACAUUACCGAGGACAAUGUGUAA